AGUCGUUUCGGACGCAGAGUGUUUUUUUGGCGACUUUAUCGUCACGCGUCUUUGACCGUUGUCUCGCUUAUGUAGGUCUUACAGACAUAUGACUUACCCCGUGUAAUGGUAGCGAACGGUCCAGCGUAUUUUAACGCUUUGUAGUUUGUAUCGUGAGUGAGGUACUGAGGUGGCUUACGGAUUCCUGGGCGUGUCGUUUCACUGGAUCUCCUACUAGCUUUCAGAGAUCCCUUUUGACACCAGUGUUGUGACCGCAGGGCGGGUAAACGUAGAGAGAAACGCUGACAAGCAGUUUCAAAAGUAAAUUAGACGAUGUCUGGGAGCAUAGCCGUGCUCAGGAUUUGGAGAGGAAGCAGUUCUGUGUCUACGUUUCCGUGGAAGUCACACAAGAUUUUUCAAGCUCAGAGAGUAUUAUAUAUUUUUACACUAAACAGAUUCUAUUUUAAUAAUAUUCAUAAAUCUGAAAACAAGAAGGCAGUGAAUCAAAAUACGGAUUGGAAUAAAAUUAUGUCCGAAGCAGAGAAGAUCGUCGGAUAUCCGUCCUUAAAUUUAAAUUGGCAGUCAAACGACGAAUUUGCUAAUGUUGCGUUGCAUUUAAGGAAGCUGGUUGGCUCAAAUCAUCCUGCAUUGAAAACAACCAAGACCAUUAUUCAUAAUGGUAUCAUUCAACGUAACACUCAAACAUUUGGUCUCAUCUUGCUGUUAAUCUCCAAAGCUGCUGGCCAUUUGAAUGCAAAAUUGACAGAAGUGGAUGAAGUUGUAGGCAUAUUACACAGUCAAAAAGUACUGGCAGAAAUUAUAGAAAUGAUCCGCACUAGCAAUUUGAUACACAGAGGAUUAGUAAACAUAAACGUAGAUACAAAGUCUCUGGAAUCUACAGAAUUGGAUAAUAUAACUUUCGGUAAUAAACUAGCAUUGUUAUGUGGAGAUUACUUGCUUCAAAUUUGUUUAACUGAAUUGGCAGUUCUAAAAAAUCAGGCUAUUACAUUACUAAUAUCGGAGGCACUAAGAGAUUUAUGUCAAGCAGAAUUUGUAGCACGUAGAGACAAUCAAAAUUUUCCUAUACCGUUAAUACCACCUGAACAUCGCACGGACUAUGCACUAAAGGAAUGGACGCUUUUAAACACUUAUGGUGCUGGAUCGUUGCUCGGGAAAAGUUGCCAAUGUACAUUAAAAAUAGCUGGUCAUAACAAAGAAAUAGAGGAAAAGGGUUACGAGUUUGGGAAACACUUAGCUUUAGCUUGGCAGGUAAUAUAUUUUUAUUAA